AUCUUCCAAUUUACCAAAAAAAAAAAAAAAAUCUUCUAUAUAAACCCAAAUGCAAAAAGCCACUUUCCUGCUCUCGUUUUUAUUCUCCAUAGCAAUCCCAAUUCUCUUCUUUAACAAUUUUUCUGCCGAAUCAACCCUCUGCUCCGUUACAAUGGCCACAACCACCGCCGCUUUGGGCGGAGUUCACCCUUCCCAAGGAUCCCAAAACAGCGCCGAGCUCGAAAACCUCGCUCGCUUUGCUGUCGAUGAGCACAACAAGAAAGAGAAUGCGAUGGUUGAGUUUGUGAGGGUAGUGAAGGCCACCGAGCAAGUGGUGGCUGGUACGCUUCACCAUUUGACGGUGGAAGCCAUCGAUGCCGGAAAAAAGAAGCUUUAUGAGGCUAAAGUGUGGGUUAAGCCUUGGUUGAAUUUUAAGGAAUUGCAGGAGUUUAAGCAUGCUGGUGAUGCUGAUGAUUCCCCUUUUACUUCUUCUGAUCUUGGUGUUAAGAAAGAUGUCCAUGGCCCUGGGGUGCAAUCUGUGCCAACACAUGAUCCUGUAGUUCAAGAUGCUGCACAUCAUGCUGUCAAGACCAUACAGCAGAGAUCCAAUUCCCUGGUACCUUAUGAGCUUAAAGAAAUCGUUCAUGCCCAGGCUGAGGUGGUAGAUGAUUUCGCUAAACUUGACAUGGUUCUCAAGGUCAAGAGAGGAGACAAGGAAGAGAAAUUCAAGGUCGAGGUACACCAUAAGAGUGAAGGGACUUACCAUCUGAACCACAUGGUGCCAGAUCACUCUUGAAGCUAAUGUUAUUAUAAAUUAUGAAAGUUUGAAUCUAAUAUUAUCGUAUGUCAUAAAAAUGGUUGGAACCUUGCAUCAUGUGCUGAUCUUACACCUGCAAAACCUAUAUAUAUAAGAAUGUUAGGUCUCUUGUUUACGUGUUAA